AUGUCCUCCCUUCACAAGAGCCUCCUCCCGUCGCACGCCAUUCGGGACGGCGGUGAUGGCGAGUACUCCGGCAGACACCACGGCAAGACUCAGUCUCACAUGGCUUUCGAAAACACCUCCACAAACAUUGCCGCUGCCCAGAUGAGAAACUCUCUGACGGCCCUCUCCGAGUCGGUCAGCGACCCGGCAGAGAAGAAGCUCUUCGAGACGGAAAUGGACAACUUCUUUGCCCUCUUUCGCCGCUACCUCAACGACAAGGCCAAGAGCAAUGCCGUCGACUGGGACCGCAUCCGUCCGCCUGCCCAGGGCCAGGUCGUCGACUACGAGCAGCUCGGCAGCACCGAGGGCGUCAGCUUCCUCAACAAGCUCGCCGUGCUGAAGCUCAACGGUGGUCUCGGUACCUCCAUGGGCUGCGUCGGCCCCAAGUCGGUCAUCGAAGUCCGUGAUGGCAUGUCCUUCCUGGACCUGUCCGUCCGCCAGGUCGAGUACCUCAACCGUACCUAUGGUUGCAAUGUGCCCUUCAUCUUGAUGAACUCGUUCAACACCGACGCCGACACUGCUUCCAUCAUUAAGAAGUAUGAGGGACACAACGUCGAUAUCCUUACCUUCAACCAGUCCCGCUAUCCCCGCAUCCUCAAGGACUCGCUCCUGCCUGUCCCCAAGUCCUACGCCGACUCCAACGAGGCCUGGUACCCACCCGGCCACGGUGACGUCUUCGAGUCACUCUACAACUCGGGCGUGCUUGACAAGCUGAUUGACCGCGGCAUCGAGAUCGUCUUCCUGUCCAACGUCGACAACCUGGGCGCCGUCGUCGACCUGCGCAUCCUCGAGCACAUGGUCGAGACCAAGGCCGAGUACAUCAUGGAGCUGACCAACAAGACCAAGGCCGACGUCAAGGGUGGCACCAUCAUCGACUACGACGGCUCCGUCCGCCUGCUCGAGAUCGCCCAGGUCCCCAAGGAACACGUCAACGAGUUCAAGUCUAUCAAGAAGUUCCGCUACUUCAACACCAACAACAUCUGGAUGAACCUGCAGGCCGUCAAGCGCGUUGUCGAGAACAACGAGCUGGCCAUGGAGAUCAUCCCCAACGGCAAGACCAUCCCCGGCGACAAGAAGGGUGAGUCCGACAUCUCCAUUGUCCAGCUCGAGACGGCCGUCGGCGCCGCCAUCCGCCACUUCAACAACGCCCACGGUGUCAACGUGCCGCGUCGCCGCUUCCUACCCGUCAAGACCUGCUCCGACCUGAUGCUCGUCAAGUCUGACCUCUACACCGUUAAGCACGGCCAGCUGCAAAUGAGCGCUAACCGCUUUGGUGAUGCCCCGCUCAUCAAGCUCGGCAGCGACUUCAAGAAGGUGUCCGACUUCCAGAAGCGCAUCCCCUCCAUCCCCAGGAUCAUCGAGCUUGAUCACCUGACCAUCACCGGUGCCGUCAACCUUGGCCGCGGGGUCACGCUCAAGGGUACCGUCAUCAUCGUCGCCACUGAGGGCAGCACCAUCGACGUCCCGCCUGGUUCCAUUCUGGAGAACGUUGUGGUCCAGGGUAGCCUGCGGCUGCUGGAGCACUAA